GUUGGAUCUCUUCUUCUCUUCACUGAAACCCUAAAUCAUAUCAAAAGCUAAAGGGAUGCUGAGAGUCCGGAAAAAGGGUUACUUUGGGAUUUGGUCAUUCCCUUUAAUAAUAGCUGCGGUGUGUGCACAGAGUGUCAAUGACCCUAGUAAUAUGUCACUGGUGAAAGAGACCGUGGAUAGACUGCUGAAGGGCUAUGAUAUUCGCUUGAGGCCAGAUUUUGGAGGUCCCCCAGUGGCUGUUGGCAUGAACAUAGACAUUGCCAGUAUAGAUAUGGUCUCGGAAGUCAAUAUGGACUAUACCUUGACAAUGUACUUCCAGCAAGCGUGGAGGGAUAAGAGGCUGUCCUAUAAUGUAAUACCUCUAAACCUUACCCUGGACAACAGAGUAGCUGAUCAGCUCUGGGUGCCUGAUACCUAUUUCCUGAAUGACAAGAAGUCAUUUGUUCAUGGUGUUACUGUGAAGAACAGAAUGAUUCGUCUGCAUCCAGAUGGAACAGUCCUCUAUGGGCUUAGAAUUACAACAACAGCUGCCUGCAUGAUGGACCUGCGGAGAUAUCCGCUGGACGAGCAGAACUGCACGCUGGAGAUUGAAAGCUAUGGCUACACCACAGAUGACAUUGAAUUUUACUGGCGUGGGGGUGAUAAUGCAGUCACAGGAGUGACAAAGAUCGAGCUGCCACAGUUCUCCAUCGUGGACUACAAGCUUAUCACCAAGAAUGUUGUUUUCUCUACAGGUGCCUACCCAAGGCUGUCUCUCAGCUUUAAACUUAAGAGAAACAUUGGUUACUUCAUUCUGCAGACCUACAUGCCUUCUAUUCUGAUCACUAUCCUGUCCUGGGUUUCCUUCUGGAUUAAUUAUGAUGCUUCAGCUGCAAGAGUUGCUUUAGGAAUCACAACUGUGCUCACAAUGACAACAAUUAACACCCAUCUUCGAGAGACUCUUCCCAAAAUUCCAUAUGUGAAAGCCAUUGAUAUGUACCUUAUGGGAUGUUUUGUCUUCGUUUUCAUGGCCCUGCUGGAGUAUGCAUUGGUCAACUACAUCUUCUUUGGCAGGGGACCUCAGCGUCAAAAGAAAGCAGCAGAAAAAGCUGCCAGUGCCAACAAUGAGAAGUUGAGAAUGGAUGUCAAUAAGAUGGACCCACAUGAAAACAUCUUGUUGAGCACGCUGGAAAUUAAAAACGAGAUGGCUGCCUCCGAGGCUGUGAUGGGGCUUGGGGACCCUAGGAGCACAAUGCUGGCCUACGACACCUCGAGCAUCCAGUACCGCAAGGCCGGCCUGCCCCGGCACAGCUUCGGCCGCAACGCGCUGGAGCGGCACGUGGCGCAGAAGAAGAGCCGGCUACGGCGGCGCGCGUCCCAGCUGAAAAUCACCAUCCCUGACUUGACUGAUGUCAAUGCCAUAGAUCGAUGGUCUCGCAUCUUCUUCCCCGUGGUUUUUUCCUUCUUCAAUAUCGUCUACUGGCUUUACUAUGUGAACUAAGAAACAAAGCCACGCAGGAAGAAAGAACUGGAUUUUCUCUUCGAAUCAGUUGUACAGCCAAAAGUGGGACUUGGAAAAAUUCUAUUCAGGACAAAAAGUUAUUUUAAAACACCUUAGUUGCUGGCCCACUCUAUGGUCUGUUUUUAUAAUGUUUUGGUUGUAUCUGAUAAACCAUAUAUAUAUGUUGAGUUGCAGUAUGCACAUAUCCCCUUAUCAAAAUAUAAGUGCAUUUUGAGUGUAAAGGCAAAUUGCAUUUUGAAGAUCACUGCUGUCUCAUUGUCCCUCACUCUUUCUUUUUUUAUUUUUUUUUUCCCCCAAUGGCCAUUUGAGUUUAGUGGUACAAGUUAUAGAGCAGCAUUUGAGAAACAAGUUUUAAUUUCAACAGCAGUACAUGCCAUUCUAGGGAAAGUGCAUAUCCAAGGCAUGCAUAUACACUUGAGAGAGUGUACCAAGUUAUCAUGCUUAUGAAACACAUACACUUUACUUUUUAAAUGUGUAAACUUGAAAACAAGUAGUGCCUAUCAUCUUUCCAAGAUGAUGAUGGUCAGAGGUUUCCCAACCACGUUCAGGUAUUUCCUUUAAUUCAUUGAAAGAACUGAACCUUUGACUGAUAAUAUUGGGGUUGGGUGUUUGCACAGAAGCUGAAGCAAGAAGCACUCGUUUGUUUGUAUUUGAAAGAGAGAACAUAUGCCCAGUCACAGUGACUGUGUUUGGGAUCAGCAGAGGAAUGUAGGGACAGUAUAAAAAUGCAUCAGCACUGAAGGGGUAGGUGCUGCUGGGUUGUGUUGAGGAAAGGGAAUCUGUCCAAAGUGCCAAAAUUGAUUGCCCAAAUAGUAAUUCUGUGGAUGGCUGAAGGAAGCUAGUGGUGCCCUGCCUUUCUCUAGGGCAGGAAGAGUGAGAAAGCAAUUACCAAGUGCAGGGGCAGGGAGCCAGGAGGCCACACAUACAUAAAGGUCUGUGUGUGUAUGUCUGUAUAUGCACGGUGCAGGUGAGUGUUGUCAGUUGUCACACCUUAGUCUGAAAUAGUCCUGUGGAGUUGGGUGAUUUCUUCCAGGUUUUCAUCUUCCCAGCUUUAUGCUUCCUGCCAUUGGUUUAAGGUUCUGUACCUCUUUCAGCAGUUGAGAUCUGAGCAUAUCUAUUUCUGUACAAGAGGUGCUGACAGGGUGUUUUCUCAGUCUGGAGUAGGCAAUAACAUUUCACUUUUUGUUUUCCUUAUUGCACUGUUCUAAAGGAAAGAAAUUCAUAGCAAUCACUUUAGGAGUUUAAGUACACUCUUGAAUGUUUCCUGCUUUAGGGUGAUUUCCAUUGAAGAACUAGAAAAUUUCAGUUUUUCUUUGGGAAGCUUCUUGAAUUAAAAGGUUGAUUUUUUUUUUGUUUGUUUGUUUGUUUUUUCUUUCUGUUGAGCUUUAUUUUUAGAAAAUAGCAAAAUAUAACUGAAAAAAAAUUAGACAAAAAAUUUUGUCACUUAUUCCACUGUGGAACUCUUUUUGUAACGAAAACAGCAGUCACAAGAGCUGUAUAAAAAGUAAAAAUUCUUGAUGGCUUUUACUAGAUCAGAUCCCCAAUAUUGUUUGACACAAUCUUUCAAGAAGCAAAAGCCACAUCUGUUGCAUCCAUACUACCUCUCAUCUGUGUACAAAUUUUUGAAAGAGACUAGAGAGUAUAAGUGGUUCUUUUCAGGGUACUAAAAAAAAUUCUUUACAAUAUUUUUCAUAAAAUAUAUUUUUAAAAUUUUUUGUUCUUCAAAAGAAUAAUUUUCUUACAAGUUUCUGUGGUUUUAUUUUUGAUUCCCCCCCUCCCCCCCAUUUGAUAGUAAAUGACACUAGUAGGAGGAGAAUAGUUCUGAGAACUAAUAAGCAAAUAUUCUGACUUUUUAUUUUUUGAGCACUUCCUAUGCUUAUUUCUGGUUCAGAUAGGAGAGGAUAGUUUCAGAGCCUGGGAUGGGAUGUGUAACACACCCUACCUACCAGGAAGUUGUGUGCAUUGACACACUGCCUCCAGGCUCACUCUGCAAUGUGUAGAGACAGGUUUCCCUCAUGUGAUUAACUUUCCAAGUGAACAUUUUGCUCUUGGUUCACACACUUAAUGUGUGGCUGCAUUUCAUGUAAUGCAAUAACCUUUGUAGAUGCACUUGGGAUUUCAGCUGAUAGGUAUGGGUCAUGUUGGAUUUUUUCCCCAAUUUUAAGAAAUGGAGCAUAUCAAAAUUCAGUAUUUCUCCUCAAAGUCUGUUCUUUGAAAAUUAUAUCAAUUAUCCUAAACGAAAGCAGUCUCAUGGUAUUCUUCUGUACAAGCUUUUCUUUCAUUUCAGAAAUUGCUGACAGCUCCUUUUAUUGUUUCAAGAAGCAGAGUAUUGACUGCAGGGAGCUCACAGCCUUUCUGUGGCUGAUACCCAUCAAAUAUAAAACCUUACAGGGAAGAUGUUGACUCUCUGCAUUGGUAACUGCUUCAGCUACUACAAAAAAUCACAGAGAUCGAAUCCUGGAACUGCACAUUCACUUUUCUGAAGCUACAGUACAAGCCAUAAUACUCUCUGAUAUUGCUGUUCAGAGAGUGAAAGAAAAUGUUUGGUUUCUGCUCAGGUGUCACUAGGAAAGAUAAAUUAUCUGUGGGGAAGGAGCACUUUUGCUUUUACUCUGUUCUUUUGGCUAUUAAUGUGAUGUAUAAAAUUAGUGAAAGAGAAAGACUCUACCAUUUUGUACUAAGGCUUAACACUGUGAUAUAAAAAGAUGGGGGUGAGAAAGGCUGGUGAGGCACUACCAAGGAAAAAGCAUAACUCGAGCCCCAGGUAAGCACUUACUCCUGAGAUACUUGAGUGAAAGUGGGAAAUGAUGCCAACAGACAUGAGAGAUGGGGUUUGCUAUGUGUGCUACCCUCCAGGUAAACUAGAAUAAAUUUGCUUUUACUUUAGAAUUGACUGAAAAGAAGUAUUCUAGAUCUUUUUAAUCGUGUUAAUUGUUGUUGGUUUCAAUAAACAAAAUAGCAAAGUUAAUAAUUUAGAUAAAAACUUGUAAUAUAAUUAGAGUUGCACAUUUUAUUGUUCUAUUAGACAUAAUAGCCAGCAAUUAAGGUGUUUUUCAUCUUUGCGAAAUUCAUGGGGGAAUUAUGACUAUAACAUGGCACAGUUUUAAUGAAAUCUUUGAGAUCAAUCUGUAAAUAUAUACUGUACAUGACUGCUAGUAAGUAUGAUACACAUUUUCAGAACUGAAAAUCCAUGCAACAUAUUUCUGUGUUUGCAUAAGGAAUGUUAUGUUUCUAUCCUGUCGCAGUUCAAUGACUGGGAAGAAAGACUCAAGCAAUGACAUUGUGACCAUUUCUUUUCUCAUUCCCAGGGGAGGAAAACAAGAGUCCUAGAUAACAGCACGUGGCAGAGUUCUUCAGAGAGUUCUUACAUUCUAAUAAAAAAAGACAUUAAAUCUGUAAGGUACAAAAGCACAAUGCAUAGAGAAAAUAAGUGGUGGUCUUAUACCUGGGGAAAGUAUCGUAUUUAUUUCAGAAAAAUGUGCAUUAAAAUUAAGCCUCAAUUUAUUUUCACUAUAAUUACUAGACUGUGUUCCAAUCCUACAACACAGUGCUAAACAUAAGUGAGGAGAUGUGAAACAUUUUCCAGCUGUAUGUGCAUAUGGACCUACCCCCAAAUGUCUGUAUGGACAUAUGUGUGUAUAUAUACACGUGCUGAGUAUAUAUAUAUAUAUAUGCACACACAUUCACAUGUUGGUGUGUUAAAGGAAUAAGCUAAUAAUAGUUUUGUUUCUAUCAUCAACCAGUGUAUGAAUAUAUUUUUGAGAAAAAAAAAAAAAGAGUAAUGUAUUUAGAAAAAAAAAAAAACCAAACAACUAACUCUACAGGGUAACUGGGCAUUUCUAUAUCAGCAGAUCAAUGCUUAUGAUUCGUAUGGAGUAUUGCACCCUUUGACAUGAUGAUAGUACUGUACCUCCUUGCAUCUGGAAUUAGACUAGUCCUCACAUUGCUUGCCUAUUUCUUCUCUCUCUUUUUAUAACAGCAUUGUCCACUAGUCAGUUUUCAAAACCAACAAAUUCCGUAGGGAGCCAAGAAAAAAUACAAGGCAAAAAUAGUAACUAUUUCUAGAAAAUAAUCUAGGGUGGGAUGGCCAGGGUACAAUACUAUAUCAGUAGUGAUCAAAACAUUUUGCUAUGUGUACAUAGAACAUACGAUGUGAGCAACCAUAACUUAAGCUGAACGUGUGUAAAUAUUAUCAGAUUUCUUAAACAUUUUUAACUUCUAAUUUGUACUUUAUGGUAAGGCAAAAAGCUAAUUCUACUUAUGGUUUAGGUUAAUGUGUCCUAAAAUUAUGUAAAUAAUUAAAUAAGCUGUAAAUGAGCAGUCAAUAGAUUACAGUAUUUGUUUAGUGACUUUUUUUUACUAAGUACAAUAAUUGCAGUGCUCUAGCAGAGUAAUUUAAACACCCUUUUGCAUAAACAGAUUUGGACUCCAGAUAUAAAAUAGUACAGGAAGUGCUGUAGUGUAAAAUAGCCACCGUGGCAACGUUCCUGCUGGCACAGCUGACUCUUUUGUAUGGUGGAAAUGUUCAGGCCACACUCAGUACUCAGACUAGCCAAAACUCACAGGGCCUGGUUCUCACUUACAGCCAGGCACCUUGAUGUUGCUCCAGUGAGUGGAGAGGUGGAGGUGCCCAGGUAAGUGAGGAUUCGGCUGUCGGCGAUUUCAUUACAGAAGCCUGCAUAUUGCAUCUGUCUGAUUCUGAAAUCUGUCUCUUAUGGUAUUUAAUAGUAGGCUUAUAUUUUUCUUUAGGAAAGAAAAAAACAAAACAGGAUGUUUGACUGUCAUUAGAUAGCAUAGUCCCCCAAAGCCAAAGAAUCUUCACUCCAGAAAUUGUUUAAAAGGGAAAUCUAAAAAGUCACUGCUUAACACCAAAGGUAAAGCUUAGUAAAAUGCACUAGGAACUUUGUCUAAAUUUUUAAGAAGCAAAUGGAAUGUUGUUGAUCAAAAAGACUGCCCUAUUCUACUUUGUAAAAAUACUAGGAAUUUAAAUAUCCAUUAUAUAAAAUUGAAAUAGAUUAUCUCUACAAGAAUAUGCAACACUAGCAUUUCAUAAAUAUAAAAUUAUUUUCUUUGUAAGUGCUUUGACAAAAAAAUGAAACUUAAAUGAUGAAAAAUCUCACCUCUACUUUCAUACUAAGGGUUGUAUUUUUUUAAUGUUUUUCAGACAUGAGGUCAUCUAUUCCAAUUUGAUAGCAUUUUGUAUGUUUUCACUGUUCCUGUCAUUUGGCAGAUACUCACCGGGCUGUAUGGUUCAUGGUCUGUCCUGUUACUUUCAGUUGAAGACAAAAAGAACAUUUGAAACAUGAUUAAUUCUGACAAACUGCCUAUGAUUUGACUUCUAUCACGUUUUUAUUGGCAUGGGUGUUUAAAUGGUUCUGUUAGUACUGUCUUUGCACAGUUCUGAGUUAUCUUUUACUUAGUACUAUUUAUUUCAUAAUGUAGUAAUCAUCAGCCUUACUAAUGACCUUGUAGCCUUUCUUAUAUGCACAUAAUGCACAUUUUCCAAUGGCUAGAAAAUGCAAAAUACUAGUGGAUAUCAUUGCAUCAGAUCUUCAUGUCUUUCUCAAAAGGACUGCUAACCUCUGGGAUUUAUGAGGUAGUAAAACGAUGAUUGUAAAUGAGUAGCACAUAAGAGAUAUUUUCUUGAAUUUAAAAUUAUUGCAGCCAGUUUCAGCAUGUAAAUAUAUAAUAAUGUU